AUGAGUAAAAGAUCUUUAUUAAGAUUUUCAAAAUUAAAUAGAUUAUUGCACAUAAAAAAAUAUUUAAAAAAAUUACUUUUAGAAAAAAAAAGGAAAAGAAAAAAAGAAGAGACGGAUACAGAUGAAAUGAAAAAUAACAAUAUAACCUUUGAAAAUUUAGGAAUAGAAGAUUGGUUAAUUAAAAUUAGUAAAAGUGUUCAAAUAAAUUAUCCAACGAAAAUUCAACAAUUAUGUUUACCAUUAAUUAUUCAAGGAAAAAAUGUUAUUGGAUCUUCUGAAACUGGAAGUGGAAAGACAAUUUGUUACUGUUGGAGUAUAUUACAAGAAUUAAAUAAAAAUUUUUAUGCUAUUUUUGCUUUAAUUUUACUACCAACAAGAGAAUUAGUUUUGCAAAUAAUAGAACAAUUUCAUUUAUAUGGGAGUAAAAUAGGUGUAAAAAUUUUAUCAUGCAUAGGUGGAUAUUCAUUAAUAGAACAAAGAAAAAAUAUUUUAAGCAAACCACAUGUAGUUAUAGGUACACCUGGUAGAGUUAGUGAUAUAUUGGAUAACUGUGAAGAUAUAAAAAAUUGUUUUAAAAGAUUAAAAUAUUUAGUUUUAGAUGAAGCAGAUUUACUUUUACAAAAAUGCUUUGAAAGUAAACUAAAAAUAAUUUUAGAUAAUUUACAAAAAAAUAACAACGAAAGAAAAACAUUAUUUUUUAGCUCAACAAUUACUCAUUCAAUACAACUAUUAAUGAAAUCUUUUCCCAAUGACAACUUAGUUUUGGUAAAUGCUAAUAAAAAUCAAAAGCCUGUAAAAAAUUUGGAUCAAAAAUAUAUAUAUGUUGAUGAAAUUGCACAAAUAACUUAUUUAGUUUAUAUUUUAAAAAAUAAAUUGAUUGAUUUAUCAGGCAUCAUUUUUACAGCCAACAGUUAUAAGUGUCAAUUAAUCUAUUCAGUUUUAAAUAUUUUAGGAAAUUUUUCUGUUGAAUGUAUUCAUUCGUCAAAAGAACAAAAUAAAAGAAUUUCAUCUUUAUCAAAAUUUAAAAACGGAUUAUGUAAAAUACUUGUUGCAACUGAUCUAAUUAGCAGAGGGAUAGAUAUACCCAAAAUAGCUUUUGUUAUCAAUUUUGAUUUUCCAAAUGAUACUAUUCAAUAUAUUCAUAGGGUGGGUAGAACUGCAAGAGCUAAUAGGAAAGGUCUAGCUAUUUCCUUUAUUGAUAAAAAAGACAUAGCAAAUUUUAAAAACGUCAAAAAAAUUAUGAAAAAUAAAUUAAAACCUUAUAUACUUGAUAAAAACGAAGUUUUAAAAGAUAUGUUUAAAAUUGGAAGAGCUAUAAAAAAAGCUGAAAUAAUGCUGGAAGAACAAAAAGAUAUUAAAAAGGAAAAUGAACAGCUAAAAUAUUAUAUUUAUCAUAAUGAAUGA